GGAAGACAUCAUCAUCAUCAUCAUCAUCGUAAUGAAACACAAACAACGUGCCUUUCACUUUUGAAACAGUACGAAUUUUGGACAAUGCAGUAUUUGAAAGUUGUUAAUAUUAGUAAAUAUUACGGUAAGCGGUAUUACGAGGGUAAGUUUUAGUUCGCCAACAUUUCUUUUUCAUCAUCAUCAUCACUUUAAACAAGCAGAAGCAGACAUCUCUCCCGCCUGCGUUUUCGUCAAGCGACGACUCCGCCAAAUUUACUUCUAACAAGAGCACCAGCGAGAAGAUCCUUGAUCACCGCUGCUGGGAUAAAACUCUGGUCGUUAACUGACAACGCGGUCCGGAUUCUGCGAGUAGCAAGCAUGACGCGCGUCUCAAACGCUCGACGAAAUUUUGCGAAGUCUGGUGGCAGCAAAGCCGUCAUGCCCACAGAUGACAGGUCGGGUCCUCUGGGAGGCCACGACCCGCUGUCAACAGCAAGCGUGCUAAAGCACGUUCAGAUGCCGGACGUGCCCGUUGACGGGGAGCUGGUCUUUGAGGCCAUCUCCGUCGUGUUCGUGGCAGCCGUGCUCUGCUGCCAGUACAUCAACCUGUACAGGACCGUCUGGUGGUUGCCGCACUCGUAUAACAACCAAGCCCUCAACUACUACCUCAUCGAUGUCCACGUGGCAACCUUCAGCGUAGUGAUCGCCUGUCGCCGCUUUCCUCUGGCCAUCCUCAAGUCGCUGCUGUGGCUGGUCCUGCCGGGCGCCUGGUAUCCGCGGGCAUCGGAGGCGUGCCGGUCCGUGGUCCUUGCAGCGGCUGCGGCCAUGCUGCUCUGGUGCUCCUACCACAUCUGCCUGGGCCACGGCCUCCUCAGCCUCCUCUGCCUCGCCUAUCCGGCGGUCAUCUACGCCAUCCUGUUCGGGCCCAAGGCCGGCCCGCUGACAGAGCUGGUGCCCACACCACCGAGGAAAGUGGCGGCGGCCGGUCCUGUGCCAGGCUCCCCCACGGCCCUGGUGCACGUGUGCUCCCCGAGCCCCGGCGACGUGCGCGCCGAGGUGGAGCUGCACAAGCGCGACCUCAACGAGCGGCUCAAGCGGGUGCUCUUCAACACCCUCGUGGUGGCCUACUACACCUCCUUCCAGCCAUGCUGCUUCGUCCAGAGCCAGCUUCAACUGGAGCUGUGGUGGGUGGUGCAGCACGGGGUGCUGUCCUGGCUCGGGGCGCUGACCCUUCACGCAGCCUACUGCUUCCCGCCGCAAUACCUGGAUGCGCUGCACCGCUCGGCGCUGCACCUCGGCCGCUGGAGGCGCCUGGAGCCACGCAACGUGCACGCACCGCACCACAUCUGGUCGGAGAACGUGCUGUGGCCACAAAACAACCUCGUGAAGCAUAGCAAGGAGUACUUCAAGGCGGAGGGCAUCAGCAACGCCGCGGAACCUGGCAACAUGGCUCAGUCUCGCUUUUACACAAUAUUCCACAGCCCCUUGGUGAUCAUGGGUGGCCUGUUGACUACUCAGGUCAUGCAGAUUGUGUUUGAGCUCUACCUCCUGCUGAAGUCCUCCGAGUGGCACCGGCUGCUCACCAUCACCCUGUUUGUGAUGCUCAACUCAGUGACUCUGUUCAAGCUGGCACGACAGUACUUUGUCAUGGAGAGGAUCUACCACGCAGAGAGGAUUGUGCAGGAGACUCUUCUGGGCGGCUAGCAGAUCUGCACAGCUGGUCUCUGCUUUGUACAUACGGAUGUUUGUAGAUAAUGUUAAUAAAGCUGCGCCUCUGAACAAA